AGCUCUCCUCCGCUGGAGCUUUUAACCCUAACAACCCACUUUGCGCACUGCCAGUCUUCGUACAACACGCCGUUCGCAGCAUCUCCAGCAGCUCGGCCUACAUCGGUCCUCUCUCAUCACAGCCAAUAAUCCCCAGUCAUAAUGCAUGACAAAGUCGACACCGCCAGUCGGAAGCAAUACCUUGCUGACGACCCUCCCACUGUUGCCCAGCUCGCCAUCAAACCUCAUUUCGAGGCGCUGAACAGCAAGGAGAAAAAGUACGCCCACUACAUCAGUCGCGCCUCAUUUGCCGGAACGAGGAUCAAUCUCCGUCAAGUCAGUCCGGAGAGCGAGCCGAUUUACGACUUCAUCCUCGCCCUGCACAAGGCUUGCAAUGGAAAUUGGAAGCAUCUUGCGUCUCAAUCUGGCGUGUCGGAGGAGGACAUGCGCCAUUUCUUGAGCUAUGCCGCACAAUUUCUCGGCAACACUGGCAACUUCAAAUCCUUCGGCGACUCCAAAUUCAUCCCUCGCAUCCCAGCGGAGGAGUUUGAGAAGCUGGCCAAAGCCUCUCCAGAAGCAGAGAAGCUAUAUUCCGAGUUCAAAGAUGAGCUUUACGAAUCCACUUCCUCGCGAAUGCACCUGGGCUUCCCCGACAAGGGCCACGUUACCACCUACUAUCCCGACUCUCCCAACAUCACGCAGGCCGAGAUUGAGAGCAUUGCUGAUUUCCUCAAGAGGAAGAAGUUGAUGCCCGAGAACACACGUCUUCGACAGACGGCCUCUGGCGACUUUGAGCUCCUGAUUGCAUCUGCCAUUACGGAUCCAACCACUCGAGAUAUCGAUGGCGACGAGUUCACCCUGGAAGGCUCUCUCAAAGACAAGAAAUUGCGAAUCAAAUAUGGAGACCAUCACGCGGAAAUGGCAAAGAUCGCCCAAAAUCUCACAGAGGCCAAAAAGUACGCCCUGAACGACGAAGAGUCUGCCAUGCAGGCCGACUACAUCAAGGCUUUUCACGACGGCUCGAUGAACUCCCACAAGGACUCCCAGCGCCAUUGGAUCAGAGACAAGGGUCCAAUGGUCGAGACCAACAUCGGCUUCAUCGAAACCUAUCGAGACCCCUCGGGAGAGCGUGGUGAGUGGGAGGGCUUUGCUGCGAUGGUCAACAAGGAGCGCACCAAGGCAUUUGAACAACUCGUCACAUCCGCACCCAAGCAGAUCCCAAAGCUGCCGUGGCCAAAGGAAUUCGAAAAGGACAAGUUCUUUGCCCCAGACUUUACGUCUCUCGAGGUGCUCACGUUUGCGGGAAGUGGCAUUCCUGCUGGCAUCAACAUUCCCAACUAUGACGAUGUCCGCCAAACCGAAGGCUUCAAAAAUGUCUCACUUGGCAAUGUCCUCAGCGCCACCGUUGCCAAAGAACCGACGCCCUUCCUCAAAGACGAGGACCAAGAGGUGUACGACAAGUACAAAGAUGAAGCUUUUGAAGUUCAAGUUGGCCUGCACGAACUUCUCGGCCACGGCUGCGGGAAGCUUCUCCAAGAGACUGAGCCGGGCAAAUACAAUUUCGACAUCGACAAUCCCCCCAUCAGCCCAGUGACGGGCAAGAAAGUGUCGACGUACUACAAGCCGGGUGAGACUUGGGGAGGCGUGUUCGGCGGCAUGGCCGGUGCGUGUGAAGAAUGUCGAGCAGAGUGUGUCGCAAUGUCGCUCUGUCCGGAUUACGGCAUCCUCAAGAUCUUCGGGAUCGGCGACGGGACAGAGGAUAUCAACGGCGUGGCCGGGGAUGUGCUCUUUGUGUGCUAUUUGCAAAUGGCAAGAGCCGGCGUCUCCGCCCUUCAAUUCUGGGAUCCCAACUCGCGGAAGUGGGGACAACCACACAUGCAAGCCCGCUUUGCAAUCCUUCAGGUCUUCCUCUCCGCCGGUGUGAAAUUUUGCAAACUCAACUACAGCAAGGACGAUGCCUCUGACCUGACCAUCUACCUUGACCGCAACAAGAUCGAAUCACACGGACGGCCCGCGGUCAACAGUUUCCUUCAAAAGCUGCACAUCUAUAAAUCCACGGCAGACGUCAAGGCGCUGACGGCCUUGUUCGACAAGAUGACGAACGUGGAUGAUUGGUAUGCCAACACACUGCGACCAGAGGUCAUCCGGCAGGCCAAGCCACGGAAGGUUUUCGUCCAGGCGAACACGUUUUUGGAGGGAGAGGAGAUUGUGUUGAAGGAGUACGAGCCGAGUCCGGAGGGCAUGAUCCAGAGCUUUGUGGAGAGAGACUACAUCUGAAAGGCCGUGCUUCAGCCUAGGAAUGACGACGCUGUUGGACGAAAGUGAC